UGUUUCUACAGUGCUCCAGUUUAAUUCACUCGCUGCUUACGGAACCGCUUACGUUAUCCGAGAACGGACAAUCUAGAACUCCCGUAAAGUCAUUUGCGCUAAUUGAGAUAGACAGCAGUGGUGGUAAAAAAAGUUAUUUCACACUUUAAAAUUACAGUACUGUAGCUGCUUAGAACCAUCACCAGCAAACGGAGCACUCCAGUGUCAGCCAUGGUGGACGCAGUAUGCUUCAGCAACAGUGUGGAUGUUCUGGGAGACGACAGCCUGCUGCGCUACGGGCGCGUCGUGGACGUGGCCAAGACCGGGCUCUUCAUCGACUUCCUCUGUCCCCAACGACGACGCGAGUUCACGCCAUUCAGUCAGGUUUUCUUACGUGAUACAUCAGUUGCUGCGCUUAUCGAUUCUCUUAUAACUCACGGUCACGGACCUUGCGGUUUUUCCAAACUUCGCGGUCUGACCAAACCUGUGGAGCUACUGGUACGGGAGACUGCGUCCGGAUCAUGGAUGUGGUUACCGGCCGAAGUUCUCAACUUGACGGACGGUAUUCCAAACUCCCAGGAUGACGUGGCCGUCGCUAAAUGGUGGAACAACGGACGCUGGUGCGUAGAUAUUUUCCCACGGAAUCGGACUCGUUCCCGAACGGGGAUGCAAUGGUGGACGAAAAUCGGUCGGCCGAUUCCAGCUGCGUAUCUGUCCGAUUCUAUGGGAUCUGACGUUCGCGAUAAGCAGCCUGUGAUGGUGGGCGAAGAGGAUUAUCAAAUGUGGAGCGUGCAGUUGCCGGAAACUAACGGCCGUCUCUCCGUCGAAGAUGUACUUAAACGCGUGCAAAGCGAUAAAUGGGUGCUACUAGAGCACGAGAGGAUAGCGGCUUGCGUUGAGAUCGCCAACGGACAUUUGUGGUACAUUGUUCGACGGAACAAGGAAAAGGAUGGCGUGUCUUUCGCGAAAUCUUGUGAAUGGUUCGGAAUAGAACUGAUUCAGCGUCUUCCACUGAUAAUGGCAACGACGGAUGGAAACAUCGAGGGUGACAUCGGCGCACUAUCACUGGAUUUGUUGCUGAACGCGUUUUCGGUACUGGAAACCCUGAAGCAAACCGAAUUGCGCGCCGUGUGUGCUAAGUGGGACGCCCUCUUGCAAUCGCCGCAGCUGACCAGUACUAUAAUUGUGAAGAGCUAUGGACGAAAUCUGUUGGAGGGAUGUGGCCAUUCCAUGCGCGUCUACCUGCUGACGUCUCCUAUUUUUAAAUGCCUUCGUUCCACGACCAGGCGGAUCAUUGUGGCAUCCCGGGGACGGAUCCUGCACGAACGUGAUUACUGUACAAUUUUCGCCAUGAUCGGUUUUGUUGCGCGCCAUAACGCCGGCAUUCAUCUGACCGCCAUCCAUUUGGUGGGCGGACGUUUCGAACUGCUGAUGGGAUCAGGGAAGGACAACGUACACUACGCCGAAUGCUAUUCACAUCUGCCGGAAAACCUGUCCUCUGACAAGUACAAAUUCACGGAGCGCCACUUUCGCUUGAUCGAUUUCGUGGGAACUUUGCGCGGCAGUCCGUGUGAUGUCAUCUCCUUGGUCAAGUGUGUAGUGCAGCUGGAGUACCGAAGUCCAAUCAGUAACUAUGAAUUUUCACGGCCCAAGCUGCUGAUCAGUGUUAUCGCGGGGCGGGCGUCAACGACGGAUGAUGUGGGUAGCGCGAUGUGGAAUGUUCUGGAGGAUGCACUGCCGGCGGUGACUGACGAGCAGUUUCAGAUGCUGGGACGAUAUCUAACUGUGCUGGCCGUCCACGGGAACGCUGAUGAUUUCUUGCAACGGGGCGCAAAUUCAAACCGCCAGAUGUUGUGUACUGUGCAGACCGCUGAUCCGCGGGAGACCGUGUAUUGUCGCGGAAAGCAUUGGUGCGUGGAUGGACUGCAGGAUUUGGAGCUGGAGAAAGUGUCCCGAAUCACGCUGCACUUUCUGAUGCAAAUGGCGCGAUUGCAGUGUCGGUUCUGGCCAGGCUGUGUCCAUCGUGCUUUACGUGGUCUGCAGAUCGCUGAUUGGCCUGAUGUCGUCGCGUAUUUCCGCAGUUUUUGAUGGGAAA